GGGCGUGGCAGUGAAGGAUCACAAUGAAGUUACAGAAGUGAUCAGGUGAGAGCGCCCUUGUCACUUGGCUUAUUAGCUACCAUCAAGAACGCUGUUGAACAUCAUUGAUACACAUAUAUUGGAAUCGGGUCACUGUCGACAUGGAGCAGGACAAUCACAUUCUCCCAAAGGAUUUUCCAGAACUGAAAAAUGAGACCUUUCUGCGGGCUGCCAGAGGGGAGGAGACCCAGCAUGUGCCCGUGUGGUGCAUGAGACAGGCAGGCAGAUACCUGCCAGAGUUCAGGGAGGCACGUGCUGGAAAGGAUUUCUUUGAGACAUGCCGAUCUCCAGAAGCUUGCUGCGAGUUGACGUUACAGCCUUUGAGACGAUUCCCCUUUGAUGCUGCCAUCAUCUUCUGUGAUAUUUUAGUCGUCCCUCAGGCGCUGGGCAUGGAGGUGCUGAUGGUUCCAGGGAAGGGCCCCACGUUCCCAGAACCCCUGAAAGAGCCGGAGGACCUGCUGCGCCUCAAACCUCAGGUGGACGUGGCAGCCGAGCUGGGUUACGUCUUCAAGGCCAUCACACUGACUCGCCACAAACUGGAGGGCAAGGUGCCGCUCAUCGGCUUCACGGGUGCACCAUGGACACUGAUGACAUACAUGAUUGAGGGGGCUGGCUCCCCCACCAUGUCAAAGGCAAAGCGCUGGCUCUACUGCCACCCGGAGGCCAGUCAUAAGCUGCUGCGGCAGCUCACCGAUGUCAUUGUGGAGUAUCUUCUAGGGCAGGUCAGCGCCGGUGCACAGGCCCUGCAGGUGUUUGAGUCCCAUGCUGGCUGUCUGGGUCCAGUGCAGUUCAAUGAGUUUGCCCUGCCCUACCUGCGAGACAUUGCACGCAGAGUGAAGGAGAAACUCAAGAAGUCGGGUCUGGACAUGGUACCCAUGAUUGUCUUUGCCAAGGAUGCCCACUAUGCCCUGGAGGACCUCUCGCGGUCCCGCUAUGAGGUAGUCGGCCUGGACUGGACUGUUGAUCCCAAAGAAGCCCGGGCGAGAACAGGAGGCCGGGUGAGCUUGCAGGGCAACAUGGACCCCUGUGGUCUUUAUGCUCCGAAGGAGAAGAUUGGUGAGAUUGUGAAGAAGAUGGUGGAGGGAUUUGGUACCCAGCGGUACAUCGCUAACCUGGGUCAUGGUCUGUACCCGGACAUGGAUCCGGAUCACGUGGGUGCUUUUGUGGAGGCUGUUCACACUCACUCGAAGCAGCUCCAGGAACAGAAAUGAAGCCCUUUUCAGAAUUAAGACCAUGGGACAGAUUUACAAAGCUCCUGCCCCACUGCAAAGUUUGCACAAUUUUCUUGUAAAAAAGAAAAGCAAGCCAGGUUUUAUUUUUUAUAUGCUGCAAACUUUGAAGUGGAGAAAAUGCUUUAGUAAAGCAGACCUAACAUCGUGAGUGGUGAGAAAACAGGACAUUUUAAACAAAAAAAAACACACACUAUACCUUAAUUUGAAUAGCAUUACAAACCCAAAUUCACUUUUUUUUUAUACCAAAUAUUUCUCCACCACCAUAGAACCACACAAAUAGAAUUUGAAGGAUUUUGCCCAUAUACAGUAAACAGAUAUUAUUUCACCAGAUCAAACCACUUUGGAAUCUUAAUAGCAGAAACAUCAGUUUAGAAGACUGCAUCAUUUACCACAAAGGCAUAUUGAUGCUGCUCGCAGGAGGGAAGGUGGGACCCGAGGUGGUUUUAAAAAGGAAAAAUGUGGACAAUAAUGUUUAUAGCUGUUGGUUGUAGAUCUUAAUUAGAAUAUUAUAAGACCAACAGCCUUCAUUGAUGAGAUGCACCAGCUUUUCUGCUUUACCAAUCAUGCAGAAUGAAAACAGUUUCAGAGAACAAAGGGAAUUAUUGUCAGUAUUUUUGGGCCACAGCUGCUGCAGCGUGUAUGAUUAGUAUAUUAUAAAUCUUUUAAAAUCAAUUUGCAGAUUACAUGACUGCAGUAAUAAAAAAAAUUAAAAAAUAAAAACAACCACCACACACACACAAACAGGAUAGACUGUAUGACUGACUUUUCCUGUCCAUGUACCUUGUGUUUUAAAUGUAAUUGCAGUAAUUAAUUUAUACUUUAAUUUCAUAACUCCCCAACGCCACCUUAAAAAAAAACAUGUCUGGGGGGCUUGCCAUAAAGCUCAAUCUUUCAGCAAAUCAGAAAGCCUGAAGAGCCAGUCUGCUCCUGGAGGCAGCAGGCUCUACAUCAUUUGUCACGGCCAAUGCUAUCAGCUUUUUAUCAGAUCUGACGAUUUUGGAUGGUCUUGGCUAUGAGCGAUUUAAAUAUUAACAAUCCUGAUGGAGAUGUAUGGGCUUAUCACCGGUGGUUUAUUGCAGAUCCAAACUAAAGAUUUGCGUCAGGACCACAUUGCUCUGUAUCAUCAGGGCUUAUCAUCUCUCCUCAUACCAAAUCAGGAUUUGGGAGUGUCUUAUUAUACAGCCUCAAAAAGACCAAAACCCCAGCAGUAAACAAUAUUGACAGAUCUUGGACUGUGUAUCAGUGUAAAUAUAACUAAUAGCGUGUUUAGUAUGACGUAGAGAGCACAAAAUAAUCAAAACAGAUUGUCAGUUUCCACUUAAUAUCCUUUAAAGCCUGAAAAUACAAUUUUCAAUAAAGCAGUUGUUUAAAAAAAAAAAAAAGUGUAUUGUUUAUUAAUAACCUGAAAACUGAUUGUACAAACCAGUCCUUAGUCCCUGGCAACUCGAUUGAGUGAGACCUCAUCACGAAAUGCUAGAACCGCAAGGAGGACAAAAAGAAAAUAAACCCCUUUCCACCGCAGAAAUGCUACCAUUUUUUUAUAUAUUUCCCUCUAAGGGUGUGCAAAAUGUACAGCUAUUACUAUUAUGAAUGAUUGACAGGUAUCCCAAAAUACAUAACUAUUCCCUGACAAUGGCGCGCCAAAUAUAUCCAUUACUACCAAUGCAGAACAACCAUUGGGACAUUUGUUCUUAAUUGGUAGUAUUUUCAUAUGAACCCACAAUACUUCUUGAUGCUCACUAGCAUUUGCUUUUAUAAAAGUGAGAAUUAAACCAAACCAAAAACAGAUCACAUUGGCAGGCAUUGCUGGUGUAACAAAACACCUACAGAAAAGUGAAAUUGAAUGCAAAUCAAUCCAGACGUUUUAUGGCUCGCCAUAUGUUUUGCCCCACUAAACCCCCUCCCCACAGAUAGCAGCCAUAGGAGCGAGUGGACCAGGUGGGAAAGCCAAUUAUUCCCUCAUCUCCCUGCAUGUCACUUUAACUAAAAGCUUUCCAGAGGGCUAAACCCAAUCACAAAUUGCAAUGAAAGGGAAAGAAUGCACUCGGUGGCAGCAGCAGCCACCAACGAAAGCAAAUCAUACAUAUUUAACAGGAGGAAAAGCUUGAAGUUUGAAUUUCCGAUAGAGAACUCAAGGAGCCUCAGAACUGAUCGGCCAUAUAAGAUAGAGAUCAGGCAAAGGAUGCGAGAGAUAUAUAGAGAUACAAAAUAGUCCGUCAUUGAAUGGCAGAAAAAAAAAUAGGACUGGCAGUCCCCACAGUUAUUCAAUCAUAAGUAGUAUUUAGUGAUUGACAGCACUCGUAUCUAGUACAUCCAGAGGAAAAGGUAUCUGGUCGGACAUGUGCCACACCAAACAUGUACCAGCACCACACUACCUACUGCCAAAAACCGACACUUUUGCUCUCAAACCUUUUGUUCUACAUGCUUGUGUGCUUCCCUGGUCAGAUUUCAGUAUCGGUAAAAAAGCCUGUUGGGUGGGAGAAGAUAGGCAGUGUUGCAGACUCGGCAGGGAAAGCUGCGGUAGGGACAGUUUUUAUAAAAUGGCAGAAAAUUAUACAGCAACAGACUACUUAUAAAAUAUUUCUCAAAUGCUUUUCUUAAAUGUUUAGAAAUCUUCCAGAUAGACACCACCCACUGAGGCCAAAUUAAUUCUAAAAAAAAAGAUCCUAUCCUAUCCUCAAUGUUGUUCACUGCAGGCUCCUGCCAAGAUAAUGAAUUGCCUCAUUUAGGAGAGAUGAUCAAUCUGCCCGUACUCGGACUAUCUUUGCUACCAAACGCUGACAGGCAUGACUUUUACUCAGUACCGUAUUCAGUCAUCAUGUGGGAAGCAGGAUCGUCAAGAACUCCAAUUAAUCAGCAUCACAAGAUAUCAUGAACUGGCUGUCUGGGAGCCUGGCUGGGGGAGCGUGAGUGUUUGCAAGAUGAGGACACCUGCAGCUUCACCAGUCCUGCCACUCAGCAGGUGUUACUAUAAAAGAAAUGGCUUUAAAAUGAAGAAAACUAACCUAUAGCCUGGAGAUCGCCAGUUCGAAUCCAAGCUAUGCCACUGCUGACCAUGGACGGGAGUUCCCAGGGGGCGGUGCACAACUGGCCAAGCAUUACCCAGGCGGGGUAGGGGUUAGGUCGGCUGGGGAGUCCUUGGCUCACUGCACACCAGCGAUCUCUGGCUGGUCGGGCGCCUGCAGGCCUGCCUGUACGCAAUUCAAAACUGCAAAAUUGAGUUGUCCUCCGAUGCUGUAAGUUUUGAAUAUGGCUGCAUGGCGGGCUUGCAGACGCGAGUGCUCAUUUUCGUCUGUCCCGAGUUAGUUCAGGGGUUGCAGUGGUGACUAUAAUAACUGGGCAUUACAAAAUUGGGGAGAAAAGUUGGAAAAAGAAAGAAAAUUGUUCAAAUAAAUAAAUAAAUAAAAAUAAAUGAAGAACCACAAACUCAUUCAUAAGACCAUAACAGCACAGUAGAAAUGUACUUGUCUAGGAUACCCUCUUCACCAUUUGAAUUUAAUUUAAGGGACUUUACCACUCAUUUAAGGGACUUGUAGAGCAUCCUUUCCUGAAAAAUGCAUAAUCAUUUCAGUAAAAUGUCAGGAAAAGUUCCACAGGCAAGACUUUUCCAUUUGUGAUGUUUGUAGAUAAAAAAAGUAAUAGGAGAACAAAUUGUGUUCCACACUUUAUUCAUAAAAAAGCACUUAAAUUUCAACACAAAUCAUAUAAAAUGGUAAUAGCAUUACAUAAAUAGUAAUUUUGUUUUAGACAUUAGCUCAAGGUUGCACAAAAAAAAAAUUGAUUAACGAUACUUGUGGCAACAAAUACUGAAUACCUUUCUUUUUUCAGUAGCACAAAAAGGCAACAUUAAAAACACUCUUAAAUAAAAAAAAAUUUGAAUCUAAAAAACAGUAGGUAACGAACUAGUCAAUAUUCUCUACCAGCGCUUAUUUCCUUCUAAAAUCUAGGACAGAUCAAAACACCGGUACAGU